UAUUAGAAAUAUUGAAAUAAGUGAAGUUUUAUAUAUUGAAGAAACUUUUAAUAAUAACAAACAAAAUAAUAUAAUUAAAUUUAAAUAUUAUAGUAAAUCUGAACAUUAUUAUUAUAGUGAAUUUGAAUAUUAUAGUGAAUCUGAAUAUUAUAAUGAAUCUGAACAUUAUAGUAAAUCUGAAUAUAAUAGUAAAUCUGAAUUUGAAGAACUU